GCAGCAAAGCGGGCUAGGGACACCCGCUGCAGUAGGUCGCAGCAGGAGCUCUGUCAGCAUGUGUCAUUCCGCGGGUUCCCACUGCCAGGCCAGGCUGCGGGGAACUGGAAAGCAAAGCCAUCUGGGGGAGUGAAGAUUGAGCCAGCGACAACGGUGGUCCCCCAGCUGCAGAGCGCCCGCUCGAACUGCAGAGCACACCUCUCGGUGUCUUCCCAGGCUGCAGCGGUCCCUGGGACCCAGAAGAUCCUGGAGCCGCGGAGGGCCAGCCAGGACCCAGGAACCCAGUACUGCUGCCUGUGAGGCCAGCUCCCCAGGGAGCCUGGGCAAGCGCUUUGCCUGUAGCUGGUGCUGGGACGCAGCAGGGCUGGAGCCCUCUCUAGCUAGUGUGACCCAGGGCUGAGCAGCAAUUGUCUCUUCCCCAGUUACAGGAGAGGCCCAUCCACAUCCAGGCUCCUCCUGGAGAGAGGAAGUAACUCCUGUUGGGGCAGCUUAGACUGGGCUCUCCUGCUAAGGCUCGCUCGUGGCACCCCAGGUUUGCAGAACUUCAGCGUGUCAUUUCUCACCUGACCUGACCCGGUUUGAGAAAAAACUGCAAGGAACAGAGCAGAGUGCUGAGUGCAAGGCGCCUUGUAAACUUUGGAGACAGAGAAAUAUUUUAUUUUGAAGGGGACAAGUGGCCCCAAGUCUACUACUGUUCUUGGGAUAGCGAGAAAGCCUGCUGGCGGGACACUGAGCAUCCCAUCACAGCCACAAGACUAAGGAUAACAGCAAGCAAGGACCUACUGCCGUCAUGGAGUCGGUGCUGAUGGUAUCCAGUUCCCCCACAGGCCGCGUUACCUUCUCUCGUGUCUUCGGCCAACAAUGCCAGCUCAUGGAAGCAGCUGUGCAGUCGCUGCACACUCUAAAUGACCAGAUUUCCCAUUUCAUUGUCACGAAGUCAAAGGCACUGGAGGAAGAUGACGACCCUUUUCUACCCAUGGAGAAAGAGACACUGAAGAGCUCCAUGAUAUUGAUGAGACACCUUUUAAUGGAUGCCCAGGCCAAAAUCCUGAGCAUGAUGGAAGACAAUAAGCAGCUCGCGCUCCGCAUCGAUGGGGCGGUCCAGUCGGCCAGCCAGGAGGUGACCAACCUGCGAGCCGAGCUCACGGCCACCAACCGGAGACUGGCGGAAUUGAGCGGCGGAGGCGGCGGCCCCGGCUCGGGCCCGGGAACUGCGACCAGCGCCUCGGCAUCAGCGGUGACGGUGGCUGACUCGGCAGCGGCGACCAUGGAGAACCAUCAGCACAGCGCGCAAGUGCUCCUGCGGGAGGAAGUGGUCCAGCUUCAGGAGGAAGUGCACCUUCUCCGGCAGAUGAAGGAGAUGCUGGCCAAGGAUCUGGAGGAGUCACAGGGCGGCAAGUGCUCCGAGGUCCUCUCAGCCACAGAGCUUCGGGUGCAGCUGGUGCAGAAGGAGCAGGAACUGGCCCGAGCCAAAGAAGCCUUGCAAGCCAUGAAAGCCGACCGGAAGCGCUUAAAGGGCGAGAAGACCGACUUGGUGAGCCAGAUGCAGCAGCUAUACGCCACGCUGGAGAGCCGCGAGGAGCAGCUGCGAGACUUCAUCCGCAACUAUGAACAGCACCGCAAGGAGAGCGAGGAUGCUGUCAAAGCACUGGCCAAGGAGAAGGACCUGCUGGAGCGAGAGAAGUGGGAGCUUCGGCGGCAGGCCAAGGAGGCCACGGACCACGCUGCGGCCCUGCGCUCCCAGCUGGACCUCAAGGACAACCGCAUGAAGGAACUGGAGGCCGAGCUAGCCAUGGCCAAACAGUCCUUAGCCACACUGACCAAGGACGUUCCCAAGCGGCAUUCACUCGCCAUGCCUGGCGAGACGGUGCUCAAUGGCAACCAGGAAUGGGUGGUUCAGGCUGACCUCCCACUGACUGCUGCCAUCCGUCAGAGCCAGCAGACGCUCUACCAUUCCCACCCUCCCCACCCUGCAGACCGACAAGCGGUCAGGGUGAGCCCCUGCCACUCAAGGCAGCCUUCCGUCAUCUCCGAUGCAUCUGCUGCUGAAGGUGACCGGUCAUCGACACCGAGUGACAUCAACUCCCCAAGACACCGGACACACUCCCUCUGCAACGGCGACAGUCCCGGCCCGGUUCAGAAGAGCCUGCACAGUCCUAUUGUACAGUCACUAGAGGAUCUUGAAGACCAAAAACGGAAAAAGAAGAAAGAGAAGAUGGGAUUCGGCUCCAUCUCUCGAGUCUUCGCCAGAGGGAAGCAGCGGAAGUCCCUCGACCCGGGCCUCUUUGAUGACUCCGAUAGCCAGUGCAGCCCCACACGGCACAGCCUCAGCCUGUCUGAGGGAGAGGAGCAGAUGGACCGUCUACAGCAUGUGGAGCUGGUGAGGACCACGCCCAUGUCCCACUGGAAGGCUGGCACGGUGCAGGCCUGGCUGGAGGUGGUGAUGGCCAUGCCCAUGUACGUCAAGGCCUGUGCAGAGAACGUCAAGAGUGGGAAGGUGCUUCUCAGCCUGAGUGAUGAGGACCUGGAGUUGGGCCUGGGUGUGUGCAGCUCCUUGCACAGACGCAAACUCCGCCUGGCCAUCGAGGACUACCGUGACGCGGAGGCUGGCCGCAGCCUGUCCAAAGCCGCCGACCUGGACCAUCACUGGGUGGCCAAGGCCUGGCUGAACGACAUCGGCCUGUCCCAGUAUUCCCAGGCCUUCCAGAACCACCUGGUCGAUGGGAGGAUGCUGAACUCCCUGAUGAAGCGGGACCUGGAGAAACACCUGAACGUCUCCAAGAAGUUCCACCAAGUCAGCAUCUUGCUGGGGAUCGAACUGCUGUACCAAGUGAACUUCAGCAGGGAGGUCCUCCAGGAGCGCCGAGCCCGCUGUGAAACACAGAACACAGACCCCGUGGUCUGGACCAACCAGCGGGUGCUCAAGUGGGUGCGCGAUAUUGACCUGAAGGAGUAUGCGGACAACCUGACCAACAGCGGUGUCCAUGGUGCUGUGCUGGUGCUGGAGCCCACGUUCAAUGCCGAGGCCAUGGCCACUGCCCUAGGCAUCCCCAGUGGAAAGCACAUCCUCCGGAGACACCUGGCAGAGGAGAUGAGCACCGUCUUCCAUCCGGCCAACUCCACAGGCAUCCGGGAGUCGGAGCGCUUUGGGACACCACCCGGCAGGGCCUCCAGUAUCACCAGAGCUGGGAAAGAGGAGGGCGGCGGCAAGCACAGGGCUGGCCGGCUGCCCCUGGGGAAGAUAGGAAGAGGCUUCAGCAGCAAAGAGCCUGAUUUCCACGACGAUUAUGGCUCCCUUGAGAACGAGGACUGCACAGAUGAUGACCUCCAAGGCAGGCCUGAACAGUGCUACAGCAGCCUGGAAGUCACCAAUGUGUAAGAAAGCCGUGUGACAACUCCGAAAGAUCAGAGAGAAGAGCAGCCAAUGGCCCAGUGCUGUCCAUCCCCCUGUACAGAGAGACCUGGGGCUGAGGCAGAGGCCAGGACAGGCUUUCCGGAGAUGGCCACCCCUUCCAAUGGGCACCAAGGACAGAGACUGUCCAUCCAGGUGUCUUGUAUGUCUGAAGACAGGCCCUGAGGACACAUCAACCAGCCAUGACCCAGCAGGUGGCCCCAGCGCUGUGGUUCAAGGCAUUUUGCACUGAACUUCCAAGAAGUGUCAGUCUCUGGAAUACCCUGCUGGGAGGAGCAGGAAAGCCCCCAGCCAGCCUUGGCAGAGCCAGGGGCACUGAGGGCCAGUUGCAAAGCCAGCCAGCAGGGGCCAAGUGGUGAAUGCCACCCCUCAGGCCACUGGGCAGACACCGUGAACUCUGACUUGGUCACUCAGCUCUGGAAGGAUGCAGAAUGGCACGGGCAUUCCACUUACGGACACUGCAUCAUGAGGUGGACGUGUGGGGAGCAGGAGGAGAUCUCUGCAGGGAAGAGGGGCCUGGUGGCGGCAGCCCCAAGAGCUGCAGACAUCCUGUCACGAGAAUGAAUGUGACUUCACGAGCGUGGGGGGAGACGGGGUUUACUGAGCUCUGUCCCAAACAGCCAUUCCAAGCAUGGGCACAAAAUGGGAAAGUGCCAGUCGUUAACCCAACAAACCUCUGUUGGGAUGUCACCUGAGACAGGUGUGCUCACCCAUGACCUAACAGAGGUGGGUGCGAAUCCCACAGAACAAGGUCGGAGUAAGGAGCUCCUAGCCCUUCUCUUCAUCUGCCACUGUUUUACUGUGCAUCAGUGUCUUACCUAUAAUACUUCCGGUUCCUCCCAGGGCAGCCGUGAGGAUUAACAUUUGCUAACACUGUCACAAGCUCUGAGCCUCUUGGGGAAACAACCGGAAGGGACGGGAUGGGGAGGAAUGAGCCUAACAACUCCCCCCCACAACAUUUGCAGACACUGGACGAAUUCACUCCGUUCUGGUCGGGUCAGUAGGCAAGGUGGGGAAUGCAGAAUGUUUAAUAGUGAGAGCUCCCCAAAGCCCCCAGCAAGGCCUGAGAAAGCCACCACCAUGGCCUGUGGUCCUCCUCCUGGCUGCAGCAUCCAGGACCAAACCCACUGAGCAUAAACUUAGCCUAUUGACACUAGGGAGGACUGGUGUGUCGUUGUACUCUGCACAGUCGUUCUACACGAUGAGGCCAUGUGCACUGGGAGUCCAAAAGUUUCCCAAAACUGAUAGUGGGGGCAGCCUCUGAGCCACCAAAACCAGUCUUCUGCAGCGAUAUAGAGUGCCCCCUAGUGGGAGGACCACACACAGCUCCUGAACUUGAGAGUUAGUUGCUGGUCCCUGUGUUGAAGACACCUUCUCUCUAAAGAUCCCACAGGCACAGUCUUCCUCGUAACCCGAUUGGGAAGACCCUUUGUUUUCGUGUCAGCCUCCAAAUGACACAUAUCAGAUGCCAGAACAUGCAGGGUGGACCUCUGGUGUACAGUCCAGCUUUGGUCAGGUUCCGCACCCCGGAGGGUUUCUGCAUUCCCACCCUUGGAAUCCCAAAGCUACUGAGCCCAUAGCCCAGCAAGGACAGGGAGGUCCCUCUUCUAACUGAGGUCAGCUGCCAUUUCGAACUGUGUCCCUUAAGGGUGACACAGAUUCUGGACCCAGAAUAUACCGACAAACUCUCUGGAAAGCUUGCCGGCAGUGCUGGGUCCUUGAAGGGGAAGGUCUAGGUACACUUUCGUCCCAAGGGCAGGAGGUCCUACGGCUUCAGAAGGCUCCUUCCCAGCGGACUCUGGGCUUCUGCCCCCGGCACCUCUGCCUCUCCAUCCACACCCAGUGGUCACUUCUAGCAGAUUCUGUCUUGACUCUUGGAUACAGGAGGUUGUCAUGAGUGACCACUAGAUCCAGAAGUGGAGAGAAGGGGUUUCUCCUAAGCCUGGCCAGCAUGGGGCACUUAGAACAGGGAACCCUCCCCUACUGCCGAAGAUGGAGGUCAUGAAGACAUCAGGGGUCUUGGCAGAUGUGACUUUGGGCUUCCCUGCCGGGGCUUGGGGAAGAGACAGCUCUGCUAGGACCAUGCAUGACACAUUUCCCAGAAAGCCACUUAUUCCAAGGACUUCACUAGCAGUGGGGGAAAGUACGUCCUGGGUGGUGGCGACUUCUGGUUCUCACAUUAGGAGACACCAGUGUGGAUGGGGACAAUGACCCUGACCCAUGAAAGGUUUGUAAAUGCAAAGCAAAUGAGCCGUGAAUGGCAGAGCCCCCACACCCUCCCAGAGGGAAUUCUAACAAUGUAACAAUAAAUGCUUGGCCUUGAGGUCACCCCUCUU